AUGUCGGGUGACAGCAGGCUGAGCGGAGCAGUGACGGUCGGCGGCUGGCAGGACACCAAGGCCUGUAGAGUUGAGGAACUGAACUGGAGUUUUCCUCCGGUGAAGUCUGGUGACUAUAUAACCAUCACAGUACCUUCACCUCAGACCAUGAAAACCAAGAGGAGCAAUGACAAGAAGAUCGUGGAGGCUGCUUACAAUCGUGCUGUUGUAGUAGAGAUAAAAGAAGAAGAGGAGGAGGUUGGUUUGAUGGAGGAGUUCUCAGAAGGACACAAAGACCUCUUCGGGGACAUCAUAAUGGAGCCAUUCAGAGAUCACAGAGGCGAGGGUCUAUACUCCUGUUUGGGGUGCGGGAAAUCAUUCAGGACAAAAGUUGAACUUCAUAUACAUCUCCGAUCCCAUACCAGUGUAACUUUUACAUGUUCUGAGUGCGGGAAAUCUUUUAAUAAGGAAAUAGAUUUUUUUGCACACCAGAGAAUUCACACGGGUGAAGAUCCUUACUCCUGUCCAGAGUGCGGGAAAUUUUUUACUGAUAAAAAUAAGCUGCAUCUACAUCAGAAAACUCACACAGGAGAUCAUCCUUUUUCAUGUUCAGAGUGCGGAAAAUGUUUCACCGGGAAAAGCAUACUUCAAACACACCAGAGAAUUCACACGGGUGAGCGACCAUUUUUAUGCCCACAGUGUGGGAAAAGUUUCACUCAGAAAGUAUGCCUUCUUUCACACCAGAGGCUUCACACUAGUGAGCGCCCUUUUUCAUGUUCAGAGUGCAGGAAAUCUUUUACCCGUAAAGGAGCCCUUGUUAAACACCAGAGAAUUCACACGGGCGAGCGACCUUAUUCGUGUUCAGAGUGUGGGAAAAGUUUCAUUGAGAAAAGUGUACUCCUUUCACACCAGAGAAUUCACACGGGUGAGCGUCCGUUUUUAUGCACAGAGUGUGGGAAAAGCUUCACUCAGAAAGGAAGCCUUAUUAUACACCAAAGGCUCCACAAAAGCGAGAGACCUUUCUCUUGUUCAGAGUGCGGGAGAGCUUUCACUGUGAAAGCCAAGUUUCUUGCCCACCAGAGAAGUCACACAGACCACAGUCCCUAUUCUUGCUCAGACUGCGGGAAAUCUUUCAACCUGAAAGCCCAACUCGUUGCACAUCAGAAAAGCCACACGGGCAAGCAUCCUUUUUCCUGUUCAGAGUGCGGGAUCUGUUUCUCGGAUAAGGCAAACCUUCUCAGGCACGAGAGAAGUCACUCAAGUGAGCGGCCUUUUCCAUGUUCUAAGUGCGGGAAAGGUUUUACACGUAAAGAAAAUCUUAUUAGACAUCAGAGUACACACAGCUGUUCUCCCUUCAGCGGGUGUGAAGGCAAGUCAGAAGAUACUGAGAAAAGACAGAAUAGAGGUGGACAGAGACCAGAGAAUAUCCGGGAGACAGGCGAAAGGUCAGGGCUGGCAGCAGACAGGAGAAUCCGAGAGGCAAGGUUGGGGGUCGAUAGACAGAAGGUCAACCGAAGGAAACAGGAAGCAGAACCGGGGCAAAGGCACAGCCGGGCGCUUCGGGGUGACGGGGGCGAUUCACAGGCAAAGGAAGCUGGUCUGAGAAGAGAUCACAGAGGUGGGGAUCCAUUCUCAUGUUUAGGAUGUGGAAAAUCUUUCAUUGAAAACAAAAACAUUUCUGCACACCAGAGGAAUCGCACCAGGGAGCGUCCUUUUUCCUGUUCAGAGUGUGGAAAAUGUUUCACUCGGAGAGGAACACUAUACAAGCACAAGAUAAUUCACACAGGUGAGCGUCCCUAUUCAUGUUCACAGUGCGGGAAAUCUUUCACUUAUAAAGGAGACCUUGUUAGACAUCAGAGAAUUCACAUGGGUGAACGUCCUCAUUUAUGUUCAGAGUGCGGGAAAACCUUCACUUAUAAAGGAGACCUUGUUAGGCACCAGAAAAUUCACACAGGUGAACAUCCUUAUUCAUGUUCAGAGUGCGGGAAAUGUUUUGCUAAGAAAGAUCACCUUGUUACACACCAAAGAAUUCACACCGGUGAACGUCCUUAUUCAUGUUCAGAGUGCGGGAAAUCUUUCACUUAUAAAGGAGACCUUGUUAAACACCAGAGACUUCACACGGGUGAGCGUCCUUUUUCAUGUUCAGAGUGCGGGAAAUCUUUCAAUUAUAAAGGAGACCUUGUUAAACACCAGAGAAUUCACACGGGUGAGCGUCCUUAUUCAUGUUUAGAGUGCGGGAAAUCUUUCAAUUAUAAAGGAACUCUUAUUAAGCACCAGAGAAUUCACACGGGUGAGCGUCCUCAUUCAUGUUCACAGUGUGGGAAAAGUUUCACUUAUAAAGGAGACCUUGUUAAACACCAAAAAAUUCACACGGGUGAACGUCCUUUUUCAUGCUCAGAGUGCGGGAAUGCCUUCACUUAUAAACGAAACCUUGUUAUGCACCAGAGAAUUCACAUGGGUGAGGGUCUGUUUACGUGUUCAGUGUGCGGGAAAUCUUUCAUUGAAAAGAAAACUCUUCUUGUACACCAGAGAAGUCACACCGCUGAGAGGCCUUUUCCAUGUGCAGAGUGCGGAAAAUUCUUUAUACAGAAAUCCACUCUUCUUUUACACCAGAGAAGUCACACUGGUGAGCGUCCUUUUUCCUGUUCAGAGUGUGGGAAGAGUUUCACUCAUAAAGGAGACCUUGUUAAACACCAGAGAUUCCACACAGGUGAGCGCCCCUUUUCAUGUCCAGAGUGCAGGAAAUCAUUCACUCGUAACGGAGAUCUUGUUAAACACCAGAGAAGUCACACGGGUGAGCGCCCCUUUUCAUGUUCAGAGUGCGGGAAAAGUUUCUCCCAUAAAGGAGACCUUGUUAAACACCAGAGAAGUCACACAGGUGAGCGCCCUUUUUCAUGUUCAGAGUGCGGGAAAUCUUUCACUCACAAAGUAGUACUUGUUAACCACCAAAGAAUUCACUCGGGUGAGCGCCCUUAUUCAUGUUCAAAGUGUGGGAAAAGUUUCAGUCAGAAAGGAAGCCUUGUUGCACACCAAAAAACUCACACAGGUGAGCGGCCUUAUUGCUGUUCAGAGUGUGGGAAAUGCUUUGCACUGAAAAAUGCUCUUCUUACACACCAGAGGAUUCACACAGCUGAGGGUCCUUACCGUUGUACAGAGUGCGGCACAUGUUUUUCUGUGAAAGGAAACCUUCUUACACAUCAGAGAACUCACACGAAAGAGCGGCCUAUUUCCUGUUCAGAAUGGGAGAAAAAUUGCUCUGAAAAAGGAACACUACUGGUAAAUAAGAGAUUUCACACUGGUGAGCGACCUUAUUCCUGUUCAGAGUGCGGGAAAUCUUUCAAAGAAAGCCAAAACCUUCUUAGGCACCAGAGAAUUCACACGGGCGAGCGGCCUUAUAGCUGUUCAGAGUGCGGGAAAAGUUUUGCUCAGAAAAACACCCUUGUUGUACACCAGAGAAUUCACACAGGUGAGGGUCCUUUCCGUUGUACAGAGUGCGGCAAAUGUUUUUCCGUGAAAGGAAACCUUGUUACCCACCUGAGAAUUCACACGGGGGAGCGUCCUUAUUCAUGUCCAGACUGUGGUAAAUCUUUCAGACAGAAUCAAGCCUUUGUUAGACACCAGAGAAUUCAUUCUGAUAAGCGUCCUUUCUCAAGUUGA